CAAAAGAAUGAAUGUAUCAAUGCAAGAGAAAAUAUUUGUUAUUAUCAUAUUUAUUUGAAGUAAAAAAUAGAAUGUGAAAGUUCAAAGGUACAGAGAUUCUUACGUUCUUAUUUAAACGUAGAAAAUUAGUAGCGUACGUAUUAUACAAUCGUUAUUGAUAUGUAAAUAACCUGGCUUAUUCAGAAGAAACGAUUUCUAUAGGGAAGUGAUCAAGACAAAAGGGUAGGGAUUCACCUAUAUUUUAUAAUUCACGAGAGACACGGAGGACAGUUAUCGAUCGGAUCGCGGACCAGAUGUAUAUCAGUCGAAACUUGAAGAUUAAACAUAUACUCUUGUGAUCUAUAUUUAUAACCCAGGAAGUCGAACAUAUUUCUUUUUUAUUUUAAAAGUGAUCACACCUCGAGAUGGCAUCGACGAUUUUAUUGUUCUUGUAUUUGAAUACGCUCUACUUAACUUGCUGUGAUGCAAGCGGUUCAGGCGUUACCAAUCCCUCUACUAAUUCGACGAGCGACGACGAUGUCACGGAAACGCAACUGGCGAGUUGCAAAAUCGUUACAGAAGAAUUAGUCGCAAGUGCACGCGCAACAGUAACGAGAGUACUCACCGGAGCUUGCAACGCGAGAAAGAUGGAUGAGAAGCUGCAAGCUCUCGAGAAGAAUCUGAACAGAGAACUCGAAGAAAUUAAGACUCUGUUGUACGCGAUACUAGAGAAUAAGAAGUAUCAAAAAUCAUACAGUGUUUAUCAUGAAGAUUAUCCAAUUAUGAGGUUGUCUCCGCGACAGACGGAAAUCGACGAAUUCAACAAUACCAUCCAAAGGGUUUCGUCGUUAAACGGGUCCUCGUCAAGUUUGUUCUUUUAUUACUGGCAAAUAAAACGUUUCGACGAGAAACUUGACAGUUGGAAAACUGCUCGUUCCGUCCGCAGCUCGACGUUUUACGUAGGCCAGAAUGGCUACGCAAUGUACAUCAAAGUUACGCCGCGAUAUUUCCCGGACGGUACGGUGUUCAUAAGCGUGGGAUUGACCCGCGGUCGUCAAGACUCCGUUCUCGAAUGGCCGUUUCCCCAUCAGAUUCGUCUCGAGGUUUUAGACCAUUCGUCCGAAGAACCGCGGCAAGAUCGACGAUCACGGAUUUGGGAUCCGUCCACGCUCUGCUCGGAAUAUUUUUGGGGCCGUCCAAAAUUAACUGGAGAACCAGAUAAUCCAGAGUGCGUCGGGUUAAGCGUUUCGCGAAAGGUUCUUUUCUCCGAGCCAAUGUCUUCCCUGGACCGUCCGCCGAGGAACACGAGAUACCUUUGGGACGGGACUAUCGUAAUAAAAUUAACAGUUUAUCUUUAAAUAAUAGAGAUCAUAAUAAGUAGAUUGCGGAUUCUUAUGUAAAAUGGUGUCAGUUUUAAGAAAAGUUAUUUUAACAUUUCUUUCAUUUCUACAUUCUUCUAUAUUCAAUUUUCUUCCUCGAAU